AUGCCGCUUCUCGUCGUUAUUCUCUCCGUCGCCUACGGUAGGAAUUGCGCGCGUCGUUCAUUUAUCCAAAUGAAAUUUGGAUUGAUUUUCUAAAUUUAGGACUGUGUCUGAUUUUUGAGUUGUUCGGGGUAGAUCUUACUGUAGUUGAGUCUAUCAUUAGCUUACGUUUCUUUGGUCAGUUAGUUCAUCAUCGUUUAAAUUUCCUACAAAAAUAAUUUUUUACUUUAUCUCAAAACGUUUUAUCAUUUUAAAAGAUGCGAAAAAAAGUAAUUAGAAAAUAAAAAAGGCGAAUCGAGAAAGCGUAUCGCGAGACCCUUUGAGAUAUAUCGCAGGCUCUGAAGUCUCACGAGGGUACCUCGGGUAAACCUCUGAGGAUUUUGAGCAAAAUGAGAGGGGCUUGAGAGAAACUCUGAAGUACCUCCGAGUUGGCUCAGAUAUAGCUUAAAGGUAUGCCGGAGGUCUCACGAUGGACACAUUAUGGGGUCUUCACGAUCCAUUUUGAGAGGUAUCUUUGUGGACACAUUGCGGUACCUUCUAGAUUCGCCUGUGAAAGUACUGACAAACAAAAAUGAGUGAAACACUUUUUUUUUCUUCCUUUUAUACCAAAAAGAAAUGAUGAACUGUGCGUCAUUGAUCUCCAAACGCUUUCUAUUUAGCAUAAUAGAGACAGAAAAAAAGUCAUUUCUCAGACAAUUUUUUCGAAAAUUUUUACUCUGUGUAACAUAAAAAGUGAAUUUUCUGUGUUUGUAAGGUGAGAUUGAACUUUCAGUGUUGGUAAGCUCCGAAGGCAUCGGUGACGUUUCCCCUUACGGCGAAUGUUUCGAUACUUUCACGCCUACCUUUGUUCGGACUAUUGGGACGAGAGUCUCUGGGUCGUCGACUUUUGUGGCCAAGGUCUGCCGGGAGCUGGAGCAGCUCGAGACAGGAAAUGAUUUCUCAGGUAGACAUGGUGACGUGUUCGAGCCACUGUCGACACAACUACGACCCGUCCACCGACCUUCCCUCUCCUUGCGUCGGCUUCAACUUCCGCGCUGGCAGAAGCCCUGUCUGCCAGUUUUUCUCUGAGGUGGUCUUUGACAGGUUUUUGAUAUUCGCUCAAAAGUAUGUAAAUCUUCGAAGUUUUCGAGAAAAGUGGGAAAUUUCGUGAUAGUAUAUUUUCAGUCUCCUCUUCAGUCAUUUCCUUUGAAUCUCUUCUACUCCUUAAAAACUUUUUCGAAAAUUUCCCAUCUGCUUCAAAUAAUCUUGCGUUUCAACAUUUUUUUCGAAUUGAGCUCCCAAAAAAUGUCUGAGGAUUCAAGUCUGGAAUGUCUCGAAAAAAAACUGACGAUUUUCGGCGAUUUCUACGGAUUUGCAGACGGGCACAUAAACGGCUAAACCGUUCUCGUUAUUUUGUUUUGUCCGUUUUGAAGUGAGAAGAGGACUGAGAAAUGGAUGAAAUUCGAUAAAAAUUGAAGAAAAUUAUUUUUCGUCUUCCAGUUACUUUUCUUCUUUAGAAGAUGCUGUUCAACGAAUCUCUUCAUUUGGAAGACACUCCUACAUUUUACUUUGAAAAAACUUGUCUGAGGUGAGUUUAAUUCGAAUUCAUUUUCUUAUAGUUAUAAUUUCAACCGGUCAGAUUAAAAAUAUAUAAAAUAGUCUCUAUCUAAAUGUUUCACCGGGACUUGGAAAAAGAGGAUGAAGCAAGUAAGCAUUUUAUCAUCUUCAAGGAAUUCCUUUGCUCUUUUACCCACUUUAAAAUCAUGUUGAAAGAAAGUAUGCAUUUUGAAGAAGUCCCGCCAGAUGCGCAGAAUCGGCGUUCAUGCUAGACGUGAGGAGGGGGUACCGUCUGGAUGCGACGGCCGAGGUCCGGCCGGCAGACUCCGAAAAGAACUGCAUGGAGACGUGUCUGAUGGAGGAGUGCGUCGCCUUCCAAUGGGACCAUGUCAACAAGUUUGCGGAAUCGCGUCUAUCCACACGACAUCGUUUUUUAGAAAAUGUUCGAUUCAUGGAGUAACGAGGCGUGAAAGUGACUCGCCGGCAUCGAAGGCGAAUGGCGUCGACUACUAUGAGAACAACUGCAUCCACCGUCAGUCUGAAAUGAAAGAUUCAUCAGCGAAAAGAGCUCUCUUGUUUCUUUCAGGAACCGAAUAACCUUCUUCUUAAUAACAGCAGUUCAGCUUCGUCGCGAUGUCCAGGCGGACGCGUCGAGUUCUUCCUGACACGUCAUUCUGACGUCCCUUCUUUUGGAGUCUCAAUGGGCGUGAAGAGCAUAAGAAACUGCAUGCAGGCGUGUAUCCAAGCCUCGCAUUUCUUCUGUAGAAGUCUUCAGGUGGGACCUGUCUGCAAUCAUGAGGAACUGUUUGUAGUUUGAUGCCAUCUCUAACGAGUGCUUCAUUUCUGACGAAACUUCGGACGCUGCUGUCCCUUCUGCUUCUUUGGACCUUUAUGAACCGUUCUGUGUGCCCGCCAACGUCGAAAGCUUUUGUAACAGACCCUAUGCCUUCGAGAAGUUUGUGACGUCACGAAUGGACAAUGUUGAGCCUCUGAAAGAAUUCAGAAGUGGGCUUGUACGUUAAAGAAGUCUUUUUUGAUUUUCAUCCUCAGGAAAGUCGGCGGGAGCUUGUCUCCGGGAAUGUCUGCAACUGGCGGCUUGUCGAUCCGUCAACUACCACGUCGUGGAGCGCGUUUGUAGUUUGCUCGGCGUAGCUAAAGAGGACGGAACCCGGGAAAUCAGUUAAUCGCUUCGUACUCCAAAGCCUAAUUUGCGUUCCAGAAAACGACGAGAACUUCGAUUUCUAUGAAGUUUCUUGCUUGCCUGCCAAUGUGCCUCAGGGGCCGACGACUCCAGAAAACAGCCAGAACGAGGUCGAUUUCCACCUCAUCAGCGCUCAAACGACCUUCCGCCAACAGUUCAGGGAAUCUCAGCACAUUGAAAUCCCUGAUGCUUCUACCUGCGGGUGUCCGAUAACUUCCUUAGGGUUUUAAUCACUUUACCUUCCAGAAAAGUAUGUGAAUCGGCUUCUUUUCAUUGUUCGUCGUUCGUCUAUUCGAGAACUCGCAAAGAAUGUUUCUUGUCUUCUUCAGAGGUCUUUUUCAAGAAAGAGCCCAAAAAUAACCUCUUACUUCCAGCUUUCGGAAGACCCUCUUCAAAGAAGAGAAAUGACGCAGCCGAGCCCCGAUUUCGAUCUUUAUUCUUUGAAGCAACAGCGUGAGUUCCAGAGAAUUGAAUCAUUUCCAUAAGAAACUGUGAAGGCCAUUCUGCACAUCCGACGUUGAUUGGCGAGCCUUCGACGGCGACUGCGAGACCUCCUCGUUCGACUACGCAAGUCGCCGAGAACGACAUCUUCGCCUUUUCUUCUGACGCCUUCAUGGAGCCGGCGCCGAGUGCGACUCACAGUGAGAAUUCUCAUCUUCGUUAUCAAUUUCGAAAAGUUCUAAUAACCACAGUCUUCCAGAGGAAAGAGAAAAGGUUUAACAAAUAAGAUGCGCCAUAAACUCGAAUACCGUACUUCUUCUUUCUGACUUUUGAACAUGACUCCGCUGAAACUACUUGGAAGCUGAUAAUUUAAAAUUUUUAUUCUAUGAUGAAACUCUAUUAUCUAGAGUAUGAACCAGUCGAAUUUAGAAAUCUGCAAUUGAAAUUUAGAAAGUUGCUUUGUCGAUCUGAAGCGUGGUUAGUUCGGCUUUGUAAUCCUUCUUUUUCCUUAUUGAUUGAAAUAGUUGCAACAUUUUUUUAAUUACUUAAGGCACUUGGAAAAAAAAAAUUGGAAAACUACUUUUGCGCUGUUUUUUUGUGGAUGCAUCCUCUGCAACUGUUUUGGAAGAUUUCAAACGGCUUUGCAAUAAAAGAAACAUGGAAAGUCCAUCUAAAUUUCGAGAAACAGUUUGAUCCUUGAGAAAAUAUAUGUACCGAGAGAGCAAGUUUCAAAUAUUAUAAGUUAUAGCUGACAGUUAAGAAGGAGAUUGAUUUAUGGAUAGAACCGUAGUUUAUAGCAGAAAAUGGUAUCUAUUUUUGCCAUAAAAAUUUUGAAACAAUCUAUUUGAAUGGAAGUUUUAGUUUUGCAAGAGCCAUCUUCCUCGACUCCAAAAGGAGCUGCUGAAGCUUCAAGAGAGACGGGGUAGGAAACAAGGACUUUUUAAAUGUAAUUGGCGAGCUAUCAGGUCCCCGCUCGUGCCUCUGGACCAGGAACUGGCGGUUCUCAGCGACGAAGUUCCGCGAGUUCUGCCCCUUUCUGCAGGAGUCGGCUUCGUUCCGACAACGUCCCUCCUCGUCGCCGCCGAGUGCCACGAAAAUGGUGUCAACGUCACAUUCCGACUUCCCACGGAUACUGUAAAUCGAAUACUGUGACUGUGCUAUAGUUGUAGUUUUGUAGAAAUACACCGGUGUGAUUUAUGCUUCGGAACGGUUCGACCAAUGUCGCGUUUUCGUCAAAAACUCUUCAAACUAUGCGAUUUUCAUUCCCAGGCCACAGCACAACGCGUGGUGCAAUGCCGUUGAAGUGGUGAGAUUUAUUGGAAUUUCAACUUGCAGAUCUUUUUUUCGUUCACUGCUAGUUUGUCCUCUCUGCAUUCUAUUUUUUUAAAUCGUGUCAAUACUAUUUUUAUAAAAGCCCACUAACCUUUCCGUGAGAUUUUUUCCGACAAGUCACUUUUAUCAUACAGGAAAAUCAACUAUCAGCGAUCGUGGUGAUGUCGAACGAUCGGGUAACUCCGCUGGAUGUGACCACGAAAGACGACCUUUUUUAUCAGGUAAGGAAAAACGAUCCUGUCGAAUAUUAAUCGGACUUAAAAGGUUUCCUGCGACUACAAUCUCCACGAAGAAACAAUCAAGAGAGGAAUCGUUGUCGGGUUUUUUUCUAACAAAUUAUGUUUUCGAUAACCGAUCAUUCCAGAGGACCCUCGCCAAUCGCGAUUUUAAGAGAUCCCAGUCACGUCAAGGAGAAGAUUUCCUUGGAAAUAACGAGAAAUGGAAAAGUUGUCGAGAGCGUUUUUAUUGGAGAACCGCUGGUGGCCACAGUAAAGUCGAAUAUUUCAGGUUUUGUUCCUCGAAUUUUCAAAGUAUUCUGAAAUUGUUUCAUUUUUUAAAGCUGAACAACUGAGAGUCGUCGAUUGCACGGCAAAUCGUGUUGGCGGCAACGGAACUCCAGCCUCAGUUCAUUUGAUCGCCGAUGGGUUCGCUUUUCUUAAACUUUUCGGAGAAAGCGGUGAAGUAUCGUUCUUUCUCAUUCCCCAGAUUAGAAAGUUUUUUCCUUCCGUUACAAGUUUUUCGAAUCCCUGACUUAGGAAUUUUCAGCCCCAUUUUUUGAAUUAUUUUUAAGAAGUUUUUGAUUAAUUUUUAGAAAUUUCCUAAUAUUUUAAAACUUUGUUACUUUUUUCAAAUUUUAUUGUAGAAAUUUUAAUAAAUUCUGACACAGAUUUUUCGAACGUUUUCAACAGAUGCGCGCUGUUGCCCUCGAUCAUGUCGCCGAUGCAACUGACGGCCAAAGGCUGGCAGUCGUCGUUGUCGGCCUUCAGAAUCGACGGCAGCGAGCAAGUGGACGUCGUCUGCCACCUCUCCGUCUGUACGGACCGACCGUGUCCGGAGGUCCCCUUCUUUCUUCCGGCCGCCCAUCAAAACCGAAGACCCAUUUGCAGCUGGAGUGUCCUCCUUCGGGAACCGACUCCUUCGCCAAGAGAGUCACCAGGUCGCAGAACGAACAGAGUUCGGUGCGCGUCGAUCGAAGACUCGUAGUCAAGGGAGACCGACAGCCGCCCUCUGGUCUUCUUUUUCCUCGUGAGUAUACUGAAUCCUGAAAGCCAGCAAGAUCUGGGAAUUCGAAAUGAGCUAGAUUCAUGGGGAAGAAUUCAGAAUAGGUGGUAAAUUUUGGUUUUACUCUGUUAGAAUGCUUUCUUUAUCGUGAAUCUUUCAAAUAAAAGUACGUUUUAUUGAAUUUUUUCUUAACUUCAUAACUUUUUUCGGAAAACUUAUAGCGAUCAAGAUUCUGUCCGAUCAAAAGCAUGGGAAAAUCCGAAAAUGAAAAUCCCUUUCGAAACUUUUGCACGAAGUCGAGCUCUGAAAUUUCAUUUCCUAAAGUUUUUUCCCAAAUUAAAAGUUUUUUUGAUUUUGUAGUUUGAAAUUUUGAGUCGAACGGUGUUUUUCUGACCUCUGUAGGACUUUUUAGAGCCCGAAAGAAAACAUUUAUUUUUUUCUUCCAUCUGAAAACGUUGAAAACAAAAUUUUCAACAGCUAAAAACCGUCAAUAAGUAGCUUCAUAACUUUUUAAGAAAAAUUAAAUAAAUAAAUGAUUUUUUGAUUUUGUCAUUUUCUGCAUGUAGCUUAAUAGCUUGAUACAAUAGUUUAAGCCAUGGAUAACCAAAAAGUAGACAUGUCAUUUAGUAGGAAGUUUGGAAUUUCUAAUAAUUUGGUGGAGCAAUUCUGAACGUUGUUGCAAGUCUCGACCAUGAGGAAAUAUAGAUUUUCAAAGAAUUUCUGGACUUUCAAAAUUCGAAACAUUCAAGUGACCUUAUUCGUGAGAUAUUUUUUCAAGAGGGGUCCUUUUGAAUUUCACAGAAAUCUGCGUCGAGUCGACGACGUACUUGCCGGCGAUGGCCCUGUUCAUCGGAGGCCUCGUCGCGAUUUCCGUCUCCAUCGUCCUCACAGUCUGCCGCUCAACUCGUCGCGACGACCGCGUCGAGAAACUUCUGUGGGGCUUUUCCCUGUCAGAACAAUGCACAAACGAACUCAGGAAAAACAUUUUGAAGCGGGGUUUUUCUGCGUCUCAGUGACGCUACCCUUUUUCAUGCUCCUCACAAUUUUAUGGCCGCAAUGGUGAUAAAGAAGAGAAGGAAAAAAAAAUCCAGACUGUUUCAAAUCAUGAGAAAAAUUAAUUGUUCAAAAAAUGAAAGCAAAAAAGUUUAAGUUCGCAGAAUAAUCGCAUAAUGCGUUUCCUUGAAUCGCCGUAAAUCUUUUGCCUCUUUUUCCAAGUUUUAUGUUAUUUUUCAUUCUUCUUUUUGCAGAUCAUCGCCUUCGCCGACAACCGAUGGCCCAAAGUAUGUCAAAACGAUCUCAUUGUAAAGUAUUUAUUUAUUCUUCAAAUAAAUCUGCUCCCUAAUCUCAAAAAGGAUAUUUUUCGGAAACUUGUAAUUGCUCCGAGUGAAGAAGAAAGUAAACGAUCAGACGGAUAAGUAAAGAUUUGCGGGAAAAAAACCGACGACCGGGUCAUUCGCGACGUUAUCUGCGGCUGGAUCGGCCUGUCACUCGGUCAAGGUCGUCGCGAGUUGGAAAAAAGUGGUGUCACUGAUUCCCGAGUCACGCUUCCUGUGUCAUCCAGGCCGCGUCUAA